AUGGGGGAAAGAGUUGAUGCUAAUUCAGAUGUGUCAUUGUCUCUGAAUCUAGGAAGUGGAGGAGGAGGAGGAUCUUCAUUCAAAUCCCUCAAGGGCCAUGAGGAACAAAGGGAAUAUCCAUGUAAGUUUUGCAGCAAGAAGUUUUCAACAUGUCAAGCCUUAGGAGGACACCAAAACGCCCAUAGGUGUGAAAGGGCGCUUUCAAAAAUGAACAAAGAAAUUCAAAUGGGAACUUUUGGACUUGAUCCUCGCCUAUGUCCAUACUCAAAUCCUCAUUAUCAUCAUCAACAUCCCUUCACUACUGCAAGAUCCACAUCUUUUUACCAUGGAAUUGGAUCGCCUCAUCUUGUUGCACCUGCAGGCUAUGGUAACCCAUUUGGGAUGAUCAACAAUUCUAUUUGGGCUACUCAAACUCUGCUGAAUAAUUAUAACAAUAAUAUGGGAUUUGGAAAUUAUGAACGUAAUAAUCAGUUGCAGGUUCCUUCGUCUAGUGCUCCUCGUAGUAAUCAUUUUCUGUUGGGAAAUAACAAUCACAAUGUCCCAAAUAACCCCCAGAUUUCAUCAUCAUUCCCUGCUCCCAAAUAA